CGAUCCCUUUAUCAUUGGCUCCUCCACUUGUUACAACACUCCCGACCUCUGCAUCAUCCUCCAUCUAUCGUCUACACCCCUGCUCACACCAACUCAUCGUCAAUCCCUUUCCAGAUCAAUGCCAUCGCAGAUCGUGUUGCUUCCAGUUCUCAGUACCUACAAAUUCAGCUACCUCCCGCACCUUUACCUACAUUUUUCAUGGAUCCAUUUAUGCUUUAUUCAGAAAAUGACAGCUACAUUGAGACAAGUGUUCCUUCUUAUAUGCUAUCCAUGCUAACUUCUGCUCUCUAUUCUAGUCCAGAUUUCCAUCCUGCCACAACAAUGUUCUUGCUAUUUUAUGACCACCACACUCCUCUGGAGCACCCUUAUUUGUGUGCCUCAUCAGUGUAUUUGGCCUUGGUGCAGCUCUACACAAGGUCAGACCAAUUGGACAUGGCAUACACAUGAUUCUGACGUUUCAGAAAUGUAUCCCCCAUGUGUAUUAGUGGAUGCGAUGCACUUGAAACAGUCCAUCAUGUUUUCGUUUCAUGCCCUGCAUAUUAUUCCUUCCACC